UUCAAGUUCCAACUGAGUUGUAUAUACCAUAACGAUAUAUCAGAAGUGACAUAAAUUAUACUUCAAGAUGGUUAAUAUUCCAAAAACUAGAAAGACAUACUGUAAGGCCAAAGAAUGCCGUAAACACACACAGCACAAAGUUACUCAAUAUAAAGCUGGUAAAGCUUCAUUGUUUGCUCAAGGUAAACGUCGUUAUGAUCGUAAACAAGCUGGUUAUGGUGGUCAAACAAAACCAGUUUUCCACAAAAAAGCCAAAACUACCAAAAAAGUUGUUUUACGUUUAGAAUGUCUUGUCUGCAAAGCUAAAUCUCAAUUGGCUUUAAAACGUUGCAAGCAUUUUGAAUUGGGUGGUGAUAAAAAACAAAAAGGUCAAGCUUUACAAUUUUAAGGAAGCUAUCUAUUAUAUUUUUUCAUAGAUUAAUCCAAUUGGUAUAAUUCUUAAAUUCUAUUAUUAUUAAUUGUAAUGUUUAAUCAAUGUAUUUUAUACAAUAUUUGGUCCUGA